GAGCGCGCGGCCAGAUCCCACCCCGGCGUCUGCAGAGCCCGAGGCGCAACUGGUGUGCGGGUCUGGUCCUCGCCUCGCCGUCAGCCCCAGCUCGCGGCCGCCGGGGCUCCCCUCCCCGCCGGGUGGCUUUGCAAGGCGGGGGCCUGUUUGCAGAGAGCCGGGCAUUUGCAUGAAGCGGCUCGACCCCCCGGCGCAGCGGCAGCAGCGGCUGAGCCCGGAGGCGGCGCGCGGUCGGAGCCAGGCGGCCCCGGUCUCCGGGCCCCGGUGGAUGCGCGGCUGGGGAGCGGCCCAUGGGCCCGAGCUGAGGCUGCCCGGGGCGGCAGGGCGCGGGGCGGGGAGCGCGGUCGAGGCCCGGAGGCGGCGGCGCAGGAGGAAGCGGAGGAGGACGGGCGCGCCGGGCCCGGGAGGCAGGCAGCGCAGCGCCGCCGCAGCCCCGGGCUCAUCAUGCUCCUGGCCUCGGCCGUGGUGGUCUGGGAAUGGCUGAACGAGCACGGCCGCUGGCGUCCCUACAGCCCGGCCGUGAGCCACCACAUCGAGGCGGUGGUCCGCGCCGGCCCGCGCGCCGGGGGCAGCGUGGUGCUGGGCCAGGUGGACAGCCGGCUCGCGCCCUACAUCAUCGACCUGCAGUCCAUGAACCAGUUCCGCCAGGACACGGGGACCCUCCGCCCAGUUCGCCGCAACUACUACGACCCGUCGUCGGCCCCCGGGAAGGGCGUGGUGUGGGAGUGGGAGAACGACAGUGGUUCUUGGACGCCCUAUGACAUGGAGGUGGGCAUCACCAUCCAGCACGCCUACGAGAAGCAGCACGCUUGGAUCGACCUCACCUCGAUCGGCUUCAGCUACGUCAUUGACUUCAGCAGCAUGGGCCAGAUCAACCGGCAGACCCAGCGCCAGCGCCGCGUCCGCCGGCGUCUCGAUCUCAUCUACCCCAUGGUCACGGGCACCUUGCCCAAGGCUCAGUCCUGGCCAGCCAGCCCCGGGCCGGCCGCCUCGCCCCCCGCCCCGCCCUGCCCCUGCCCUCAGUGCGUCCUGGUGAUGAGUGUCAAGGCGGCCGUGGUCAACGGGAGCGCUGGGCCCCUGCAGCCCCCGGCGGCCCGCAGGAACGUGCCCCCAUCUGGAGCCGUCAAGCUGCCCCCACCGCCAGGCCCCGGGGCCAAGCUGCUGGACAGCACGGGCACCAUUCGAGGCCCAGUGAAGACGGUCCCAUCGCAGGGGAUCCGGAGACAAACCUCCAGCACGCCGGCAGGGGUGGCCAUGGGCUCUCCUGCCAGUCCCUCAGGAGCCAGCAGCAAGCCGGGAAGGGUGGCCCUGGCCACCUUAAAUCGCACCAACCUGCAGCGACUGGCCAUCGCCCAGUCCCGGGUGCUGAUCGCCUCUGGAGUCCCUACCGUCCCGGUGAAGAACCUAAAUGGGUCCAGUCCUGUUAACCCUGCUUUGGCGGGAAUCACUGGGAUUCUCAUGAGCGCAGCAGGACUGCCUGUGUGUCUCACCCGGCCACCGAAGCUGGUCCUCCACCCACCCCCCGUCAGCAAGAGUGAGAUAAAGUCCAUCCCAGGGGUCUCCAACACAAGCCGCAAGACCACCAAAAAACAAGCUAAGAAAGGUAAAACCCCAGAAGAAGUGCUGAAGAAGUACCUGCAGAAAGUCCGGCACCCGCCAGACGAGGACUGCACCAUCUGCAUGGAGCGUCUCACGGCCCCCUCAGGCUACAAGGGCCUGCAUCCGACCGUCAAGCCUGACCUGGUGGGAAAGCUGUCCAGAUGUGGCCACAUCUACCAUGUCUACUGCCUGGUUGCCAUGUACAACAAUGGCAACAAGGAUGGGAGUUUGCAGUGUCCAACCUGUAAGACCAUUUAUGGGGUGAAGACGGGCACCCAGCCUCCAGGGAAGAUGGAGUACCACCUCAUCCCUCACUCCCUGCCGGGCCACCCGGACUGCAAAACCAUCCGGAUCAUCUACAGCAUCCCCCCCGGCAUUCAGGGGCCAGAACACCCGAAUCCUGGGAAGAGUUUCAGCGCCCGUGGCUUCCCACGACACUGUUACCUACCGGACAGCGAGAAAGGCAGAAAAGUCCUCAAGCUGCUGCUGGUGGCCUGGGAUCGCCGCCUCAUCUUUGCCAUCGGCACCUCCAGCACCACGGGCGAGUCCGACACCGUCAUCUGGAACGAGGUCCACCACAAGACCGAGUUCGGCUCUAAUCUCACUGGCCAUGGCUACCCAGAUGCCAACUACCUGGAUAAUGUGCUGGCUGAACUGGCUGCCCAGGGCAUUUCUGAGGACAGUGCUGCCCAGGAGAAGGACUGAGCUGGCCGGGGCGUGUGGGGGGUAGAGUGGGAGGGCCGUGGGGACCACAGGGCAAGACAUGGGGGUAGCCAAGGUAGAGAUUGGUGCCAGGUCCUCCAUGCUUCGUCAUCUCCCCUCCUGUCUCCAUCUCCCAGCCCCAGGGGGAGCCAGAUUGAAUAAGGAGAUGUCACUCAUAAACCUCAUCCACCACUAAGGGUACGUGGGAUGAGGGUCAUCCUCGGGCUGUUCCCAUGGAGUUUUCGGUGCUGGGUAGGCAAGAAUCCCCCAACCCCCUAAGCAGGGGGCACAGCCAGCACACUUAGGGUGCAGAUGGCACAUGGGCACCCUAUACUUGGCCUUCUGAAGCCCGAGGUUUAGUGCCUCAGCUGGCUUCUCGCUGCUUCCAUUCUGCUUCGAGGGCAGAGUUUCCAUUUUUCUCGCCUCCACUGGAGGCGAGGAGCUCUCACUGUGCAAGGUUGGAGGGCAAUGGGGUGACCAGCUAAACUGCUGUGACAUAAAUCGAUGCCUCAGUGUACAGUGAGGAAACACUCCUUGCCAAGGGGGUCCGGGAGGCUGAAGUUACUGGGGGCGCCCUCAGCGCUCAUGAUGGUCCUUGACUUCUCUGGCCCUCCCUCCUCCUCACACUUCCCACCUGUCCAAAGAGGCAGCUGGUUGUCUUGUGAGGAUGGAUGGACUCUGGGGUUCCUCUCUGGGGUGGCAUCUGUGAUGUGUCCAGCUGCUGUCUGAUCAGACCAGAGUCUGCACCCGACUCAGCAUCUGAACUGUCCUCAGGGAGAGGAGCCCAUAGCCUCCUUCUCAGCUCGUCCCAGACCUGCUCAAAGAUGCCAUGAGUUUCAUCAAGUCACUGUGAGUAGAGCCUGUGCAGGGCUCUGUGCCAUCUGUGUACCUGCGUGUGUGUGUGUGUGUGUGCGCGCGCGCGCAUGUGUCUGCGUGUGUGCACGCGCAUGUGUCUGCGUGCACGUGCAUGUGCACACACCGGGCCAGGUUGGUGGAGCGUCCCAUCGUGUUUUUGUGCUCUUUUGUGAGGUGUCACACCCUGGUUCUGAUGGGAUCGAACAGCCAGGCUGUGGUCCCUUGACUUUCCUCAUCCUUUGCCAGCUCAUCCCAGAGUAAACUUGGACCUAGAACUGUGCUUGAGCUGAUGUGUAAGGUGAGGGCUGGACUGACCCCUUUCUGUCUCUCUUUCAAGAUUAGAUCUGGACCAAUAUCCAUCCAGCCUUGCUUCUAUGAGGGCUUCAAUCUGUCUCCAUACAGAUUUGCUAAUUAGAGCCCAGAGGUGGCCCUGGGUACCAUCUCCCUCAUCUAAUCCAAACUGACCUAGACCAUGGAGGGAAAGUCCGCAGCUCAUUCCUAAAAGGGCCAGGACCGCAUUCUGGUCCAGUCCAACCUUCAUCUCGGUGGCGUCCCAGGGCCUCCCCACCUCAACAUUCCUCUGCCUUUGGCUCCCAGUAAGGAAGGAACUGGACAUCAGGGAGGAGAGAAGGUGGAUCAGGAAGGGAAACCCACUUCCCCCUUCGAAAGUGGGUUCUUUGAAUUAAAGUGUUUGGGGGAAGUUCCUCUGGAUACUAAUUUGAAUUUAUAUACCUCAUAUUUUGGGGGUUUGACAUAUAUAUAUGCAUAUAUAUCUCAUACUAUUUGGAAAGUUUUUGAUGCUAGAAAAAUUCUAACAGAAGAACCUUAAAAAACGGUACCCAAUUUGGAACUGGAGACCAAGCUUCUCUGAGGGCCAGCUCCGAAGCCGCAUGCUCUUUGGCCUGGAGGCGCGUUGACGUUCGUGUGGCCAGGGGGUCCACCUGAGUGUCACGCAGCUGCGUGGGACAUGCUGGUGCCGAGCCUUCCUUGGCUUUCCCCGUGGCCCCAGGGCCCUGAAUCGGCUCCAGCAGAUGGAGCCCUGCGACAUUGUUCCUGCCACCGCAGUUCCCUCCUUUCCUAGCAGUCUGCAGCCAUGUUAUGUCACCAGCAGACCAGGUGCUGGUCCUGAGCUCACCAGGCCACGGGGCAUUUCCUGCCGCAGUUAGGAAGGAGGUCAGUGCAGGAGACAUGCCUCCAGUGUUUAAUGUCGGCCCCACGCCCUUCGCCAGGCUGCCACGUACCAGAGCUGGUCGGAGAGCCUGGCUGUGGGCCUACUGCUGUCUCAGCACCCAGGCCAGGAUCUGCGGUUCCCACCCCCAGGGAUGAAGAAACAGAUCGAGGGGCAGCGGGUGGAAAUGUACAUUUGUGCAGUGGGACGCGGGGAGAGAAAGAAGACCUGCUUUGACGACUGGCAGUGGGCAGUGGGGAGAGCUGGGUCCCUGCAUCAGGCAGAACCGUACGGUGGGGUAGGGGUCGGUCAGGAGCAGAAGGAGGGCCCAGCGUGCAUGCAGGGGGCCGGCGCGGGGCAAUCCCACCGUGAGAGGAGGUUACCCGCUCUGGCCUUUGCCUCGAGGAUGUUGAUCAAGUCUGUGCGCCAUUUCUCUUCCUGAGGAUGCUUGGUAGCCCCCGAGUCCUCAUGCCACUCCUCCUGUGGGACUUCUUGGAAAGAAGGAUCUUGAAUUUCCUUUCUAACACUGUGCCAGGCAAGGCAGGGGGCUGCCUUUGCCCUUUCUCCAGUGCCUGGAGAGGUACGGUCUCGGGUUCAGUGAGAGCCCUGCAGGCAGGGGCCCCGGGCAUCCUCCGCUUGGACUCCGUCUUCCCGCCGGAAGCCCUGCUGCGCUCCCAGCCUGCGCGUAGAAUCCCACACUGUCCUCCCAUCAUAGCACCAGCAGCCUGCUGUCUCCCUUCCCGCGUCUCCAGGGAUGGCAAGUGGGAUUGGAGACAAACCCUGUCAGAUGUCCAUCCCUCAAAGCUCCAUCGUGUAUAUGUGGCUGUGUGUGUGCCUUUGGGUCUUCAUCCCCCUUCCCCCAACCCUUUUGCAAAGGUUGAACUUCUCUGUGGUUUUAUACUUGGUCAAAAGUACUCAUCCUGGUUUGCACUGUGUGCGCAUGAGAGGACCCCGGGAAGGCCCCGUGUGGUACAAGGGCCCUGUCCCCUUUGCUUGUCUGUGGUCACUGGCAUUCAAGUGGAGGGGGGGUUUCUGGGAGAGGGCAGGUGAACAUCCUCUGGUCAAUCAUUGUAAUUGGUGUGUUUUGAAGUCCUUUGUGUUGCUCUGUGAAAGGACAUUGCCACCUGGUGCUCAUGAGGUGUAUGUGCAGAACAAUAAAUGGCAAAUGAACAACCACAAA